UGGCUUUGGGAGGGUAUGAGAAAGGGACAGUCUGUAGGAGCCAUGUUGAUGUUGCCUGGUUCGUUGUCAGCUGCUGCACUUUGGAUAUCUAAAGAAUCUAAUUUCUCGGGUUUGGAGCCGUAGCACCGGUCGCUCGAGUUCGCAAUGAAAAAGGGAGAGCGGUUUCGGACGGCACAGGGAGCGCUGUCAGGAAGCUUCGCGUAGGAUUCGACUCAUCAAAUAAAGCAAGUGUCAAGUGAAGUUCCAUAAUGCUGCUGCUAGCGUGCUAGCUAGACAGCAGUAGCAGUGUAGACGGACGUUGCGUGUUAAUGCGGCGUGUGGACUGUCAACAACAUCCUCCCUGCUUUUUCACAUAAUAAUGAUUGUUGGCAUACUAGCCAACUAGCUAACCAAGUUAGUAUUUGCUACGACUAAGGUUCAAGGCUCCUAACUAGGUACAAUUUUUAUUUUAGCAAGCUUGCAGCUAGCUGGUUUUGGCUAACGUUAACUUAAAUAUAGCUAGCUCCAUGCUACAGCAUAUUACGUUGGCUAACGUUAGGCAGCGAGGUUCGUCUUCCUGUGUCUGCUACCUAAUAAACUCAUUCCGGGAAAAUAUGGCGACACAUCGAGCUUGUGGAGUGCUGUCUAAUGGCAUAUCAAAGUUCUCAAGGAGCUAGCUGGCUAGCGCAACUUUCUUUCAACGUCUACAGUUAAGCAGUAGCACAUUUGUUUGCUAGCUGCUCCCCUGUCCCCGAAACAAGCUGGCGACUCUCCGAGUGGAAGCGGAAGACAAGGAGUUGGGAGCGAUGGCCUGGGUGCUGAAGAUGGAUGAUGCGACCAUCGAAUCGGGGCUGGUGCACGACUUCGAUGCCAGCCUGUCUGGCAUUGGACAGGAGCUUGGGGCUGGCGCCUACAGUAUGAGCGACGUGCUGGCACUGCCCAUCUUCAAGCAGGAGGAUUCCAGCCUGCCUCCCGACAGCGACACCAAAAACCCUCCGUUCCAGUACGUGCUCUGUGCUGCCACCUCGCCUGCCGUCAAACUGCACGAUGAGACGCUCACUUACCUGAACCAAGGCCAGUCCUAUGAGAUCCGUUUGUUGGACAACAGGAAGUUGGGGGAGUUACCAGAACUCAACAACAAGAUGGUGAAGAGCAUCGUGAGGGUGGUGUUCCACGACCGCCGGCUGCAGUACACAGAGCACCAGCAGCUGGAGGGCUGGAAGUGGAAUCGCCCCGGAGACCGUCUCCUAGACAUCGACAUCCCCAUGUCAGUGGGCAUCGUGGAGCCCAAGAAGAAUUCAUCCCAGCUCAAUGCUGCCGAGUUCCUCUGGGACCUCAACAAGAGAGCCUCCGUGUUUGUACAGGUGCACUGCAUCAGCACAGAGUUCACUCCCAGGAAACAUGGGGGGGAGAAGGGGGUUCCCUUCAGGAUCCAGAUCGACACCUUCAAACAGGGAGAUGGUGGAGAGUACUCUGAACACCUCCACUCUGCCUCCUGCCAAAUCAAAGUCUUCAAGCCAAAGGGGGCGGACAGGAAGCAGAAGACUGACAGAGAGAAGAUGGAGAAACGGACUGCACAGGAGAAGGAGAAGUACCAGCCCUCCUACGACACCACUAUCCUAUCAGAGAUGAGGCUGGAGCCCAUCAUUGAGGACGCAGGCGACCACGAGCUGAAGAAGUCGAGCAAGCGCACGCUCCCUGCCGACUGUGGGGACUCCCUCGCCAAGAGGGGCAGUGUAAGUCCCGCCUCUCCUCUCCAGCCACCUGCCACACCCAGCUCCCUACCCCCUCAACUACUUUGCUCUCCCUGGCCUGAUGCCUACAUCAGCACCAACCAGGCAGCUUCCCCUACAUUCACCUCUACCCCCCUCUCCACCUACACUGCCUCAUCAAUACCAGACAGUGGCUCCUCGUCUCCCAGCCUCCAGGCUGAGCCAGCCAGCCAGGGCAGCGCGGAGCAGCUGGGCCCUGCUGCCUCCAUCCAGGACGCUCAGAAGUGGCUCCUCAAGAACCGCUUCAACUCCUACACCAGACUAUUCACACACUUCUCAGGUUCUGAUUUGUUGAAGUUGACCCGGGACGACUUGGUCCAGAUCUGUGGACCUGCAGACGGGAUCAGACUCUUUAAUGCACUUAAAUCCAGGUCUGUGCGCCCCAGGUUGACGGUGUACGUGUGUCAGGAGUCCCUCAGCGAGAGCCCUCUGCUGGAGAGGAGGUGCGACAGCGAGAACGGAGAACACAGCAACCCCUCCAGCUCACAUGUGUACCACGCGUUGUACCUGGAGGAGCUGACUGCAGCCGAGCUCAUCCGUAAGCUGGCGUGUGUGUGCGGCCUGCCUCUGGGACAGAUCAACCAGGUUUACCGACACGGGCCCACUGGCAUACACAUCCUCCUGAGUGACCAGAUGGUUUACAACUUACCCGACGAGAGCUGUUUUUUGAUCAACACGCUCAAAGACGAGUUGGGGGAGGGUCUUCACCUGAUCCUCAAGUAGCGACGGAGGUCCACAACAUCUCCACUCCAGCCUCAAUUUAGAGAAGAAGCCUCUUUGUCUCUCUCCCUGCCCCCCGACCCUCUCUCUCCCUGCCCCCCAAUCCCACAGACUCUCCCCCCCC